GCGUCCUGGCCCGACAAUGGAGGGCAUGCGAGUGGGAGGAUCCGGAGGAUCGGCAGCGCCAGCGGUCCUCCUGGCUUUGUUACGGCAGGGAAGCCAUUUUGGAAGUCAUCUUGUUGUGCACUAGCAUAACAAAUACCACUUACUUCUGCAAACUUUUCCGUUUUGUCCGCCACGAAAUAACGUCGCGGAUCCGCGGCUCCACAUCGUCUGUGUUUGGCGACCGCGCGCGUUGCGAUGCUGCCAGACGUUUGCGCAUUUACGCAUGUGGAUGUUGUUCCUUGUGGAGUGCGCUCUUAAAGAAUAAUAAUGGAUUCUAACCAAGCGGGCAAGUUGAUAUGCUGCUCUCACAUUUUACAUUCUAACCCGAGAAGAAUGACCAUGGAUUUUUCCCAACUGCACACAUAUACACCACCACAGUGUGCUCCAGAGAACACCGGCUAUACCUACUCUCUCAGCUCCAGCUACUCAACAACAGCGUUAGAGUUUGAGAAGCAUCAUAAUAUUGCUCCCGUGUACGAGUCACCCAGGAUGUCGCGGCGGAGCCUGCGUCUACAGACCGGUGCCGGUGGCUAUGGCAACGUCAUCCUUGAUGACAGUGCUCAGAGGCACAGCAGUAGCAGCAGCUACACGAGCACCAGGAGAGAGACACGAACGUUACGCAGCAGAAAGCAGCAGCCCGGCUCCAGCUCCCUGUCUUUGUCCCUGAGUCAAACGCCCACACCGAGGAAAACCCUCUCUUUCUCAACUGUUAAUACACCCAUUAGCAGCAGUGUUCAGGGAAGCAGCAGCACAUCUGACUCCACCAUGCUCACAUCCAACCUGGAUCAGUCGCACCUGAGACAGCGCAGUGUCACCACCACCACUGUGGCUGGACAGUGGGGGAGGAGUUCCUGUAUUGACCACAGUUCAAGUGUCAACGGUGACGCCAGUGCUAGCGGGUCAAAAUCUCACACGGAACACAUCAAUGGUUAUAUCUGCAAAGACUGCUCUUUCCAUUGCCAGAGGACAAACGCCCUCACCACAAACUUUUCUUCAUCAUCGUCUUCAGCACUAUCGUCAUCGUCUUCUCGUACUACAGAAGCUUCUGCUGCAGAAACUUCUGCCGCUGCUCUCUCCUUAUCUUCACCCUCCGCCGUCAUAUACUCCAGAGACAAACAUCGCAGGAAUAAGACAGGUGUCCUGGUGAAUAUAUCUAAAACUUGUAUGCGCUACAGCAAACGAGCUUUGGCCCCUGUAGUGUCAUUGUUCACAGUGUUCUUCAACAGUGUGCUCUGGAUGGGCUCAAGGGCCAAGAACCCUCCAGGAAAAGGUGUCCUGGCAUCAUGUUCAGACUUAAUGAGACAAGCAGUGACCUCCAGUUUGUCACAACUGUGGCUGUUUAAGCAGACAGUUUUCUACAAGAUGGGCUACAGGGCUGAUGGCUUUGAAGAACAAGCUCACUCAAGUUUCUGUGGAAGUAUGAAUGUGAAGGAUCUGGUCACUGAACACUCAUCACAUCUUAAUCUCAAUGGCUCCCUGUGUGAUGACUGUAAAGGGAAGCAGUAUUCUGAGACACACACCGUCCUCCUCACACAGUCCUCCAGGCGUCAGCGCCUGAUGGGGGCACUGUGGCGCCUGCUAGCCUACACAGGUUCCUGCCUCCUCCAACCAGGCUACUAUGUACUGAGGGCCGGAAAGACUUUGGGAUCAGGAGUUGUGGCAGCAACACAGAAGCUGCUCUCUCUGCUCUGGAUGGUUCUGUCGGCUCCAGUGAAGGCAGGCAGGGGACUUUUCUGGUUACUUGCAACAGGGUGGUACCAGCUGGUGACUUUCAUGUCUGUCCUAAAUGUCUUCUUCCUGACACGAUGCCUCCCCAUACUCUGGAAACUCCUGCUGCUCCUCCUGCCCCUGCUGCUCCUUCUCGCUUUGUGGUGGUGGGGUCCAUCCGCUGGUUUCCUGCUUGCCUACCUCCCAGCCAUAAACCUCACCAUGCCAGCCUCUUCUCCACUUCCUGCCUCUGUCCCAGUGUCAGAUCCACAGACUCUGCUGAAACCGACUCCAGCAUCUUCGUUCUCACAGGCACCAUCAGUCCUUCCUCCUGCAGUGGCCUCUAGUUUUGACAUGGAGCGUCUGGAAACCUUGGAACGUCAGCUGGCCGUGCUGUGGGAACGAGUCCAGCAGGGUGAUCAGAAGCAGGACCAGCAACACAAGAACCUUUUGGGUCUGUAUAGCAACCUGAAGGAGCAGCUCCAUACUCAGACUGACAGAGACAAGCUGGGACUCUGGGUGUCAUCCUUGCUGGAGCAGAGAGUCAGUGUGCUGCGAGGAGAGCUGGAGCAGGAAAACACACUCAGAACACAGGCUGUGGAACAACAGAAGGAGCAGCAAGAGAGUCAGGCAGCACGGCUAGCCGAAUUGUCAGUCCUGCUCAAUGUUUUGUCUACAAAGACUGAGGAGAUGAAGCUGAAGCAGCAGCAGUACGAGCAUGAGAAAGCAGAAAGAAUGAAAGAGGGCAUCAUUUCAACAUCACCACCACCAUCUGUCAGUUUGGGUGUGAAACAGGACGACCAUCAUGCUUUGCUAGCAGAUGUGCAGAAGAUUGAGAGAGAGUUGGCUGAAGUCAAACAGAACUUGCAGGGUGUGUUGGGAUGUAAGGGCCACUGUGAGCAGCUGGGCAUGCUGCGGGACACUAUAUCAGCCCAGGUGUCCUCGCAGGUACGCAAAGAGCUGCAUGCCCUGUUUUUUGGCAGCGACAGCUCGGGAGAGGUACCUGAGUCUCUGAUCCACUGGCUGUCUCAGCGCUACGUCAGCACAUCUGACUUGCGGGCGUCACUGGCCUCUCUGGAACACAGCAUCCUAAGGAACAUGUCACUGGAGCUGAGCCGAGCUCAGACCUUGAGUGGGUCUGGGUCCAGAGCUGAGACAAUCGUCCAGACAGUAACCGGAAGUGUUCAACAAACUGCUGCUGCUGAAGGAUUGACAGAAGAGCAAGUGAACGUAAUUGUCCAGAAUGCAUUAAAGCUUUACUCUCAGGAUCGAACGGGCCAAGUGGACUACGCCCUGGAGUCUGGAGGAGGCAGCGUCCUCAGCACCCGCUGCUCUGAGACACACGGGACCAAGACGGCCCUCAUGAGUCUGUUCGGUCUGCCACUCUGGUAUUUUUCACAGUCUCCUCGUGUUGUCAUUCAGCCUGAUGUGUAUCCCGGGAACUGCUGGGCAUUCAAAGGCUCCCAGGGAUACCUGGUGAUCCGGCUGUCCAUGAAAAUCCUGCCCACCUCCUUCUGCGUCGAGCACAUCCCCAAGACACUGUCACCAACUGGAAAAAUUACCAGUGCCCCACGCAACUUCACUGUUUUUGGUCUAGAGGAUGAAUACCAAGAACAAGGGACGCUCCUGGGGUCCUACAUCUACCAGGAAGAUGGGGAGUCACUGCAAACUUUCCCUGUUGUGGGGAAUGAUAAGGCCUUCCAGAUUAUUGAGGUACGAGUGUUGUCCAAUUGGGGCCAUCCAGAAUACACCUGUCUUUACCGAUUCAGAGUCCAUGGGAAACCGCACCCUGAGUGAGGCAGCCAGCAGCACUCACAAUCAUACCAAGACAUAUCAGACUAUCUGUACAUAGCACUCACCAGUUUCCUAAAAAAACAAAAACACAAAAAAGAGGCAGAGAGGACUUGGGAAUCCAAGUGGAUCUUUUGGUGUGAAAGACUCAAAGACCUGAGAUGAUCGUUUGGUAAAAGGACGUACUCAGACUGAUUCUGUAGUACCAAAAGAAUUGGCAGGAUUUGUGUGACCGCCGAUGAUCACAGAAGAGGAAUGAUGGAAUUAGUCCUCCAGUUCUUUGUUAAAUGUGUCAUACACUGAUCAGGAACCUGAAACGGGAUUACGGAGUCGUCUCCACCAUUUUCUCACCUACUACAGCUCUGUUCUCUCUCAUUUUGGUUUUAUCGUGUGUUUUUCUCCAUAUAUGGGCCUGCUGGAUGUUCAAGAUCAAAGCUGCUGCAUCCGUGUUAGUGAUGCGGUCCAGGCUUUAUUGGUGUCAUUGCAGAUGUUUGAUGUCAAUAAAGCCUGGACAGCAUCAUCAACAAAGGUGCGCGGGUUUGAUCCUGAACAUGUAGUAGGCCACCAUAUGCAGGCUUCCUACACUUUUUCACUACAUUCAAAGUUGAUCCUUACUUUCAUCAUGCACCCACAGAGGCUUUGGGGUUUGGAACUGAAAAUGCUAACCUAAUAUGAAUGUGUUUCUAAUGCGAGUUGUACUUUACAGACACAACACUAUAUAUAACCACUGACCUGAACUCUGCGUGGCUAAAGAAUGGAGGUUCUUCAGUUCGACAAAAUAGAUCAACUAACUAUGAAUGAACUUAAGUCUAGCAUGCGACUCUUCCAUAAUUCUACUCUAGGUUUUUACACCUCAGACUUAUGAAAAUAUAACCUCCCAGAAGGUUUGGAGCCGGUGCCUAGAUCUCAGAUUACCCCGAUUGAUGCGAAAAAGGUAAAUUAUAUCAAGAUUGGUGUACAUAAGUAUGCAGCUUCUCAGUUUGUCAGGGGUGGAUUUUGGGCUUUCAAGAUGGCCCAUCUCCAAAAUCAGUUUUAAACAUCCCCACCUCACAUGGGCUGUUUGUAUUCUGAUACCCUGAAGGAAUGUAAUAUGUAUAUAUCAUUGUUAAUAGUUGGUUCUUUAUAAUAUUUGCUUUCUUUAAUCAGUGUUGCAUUACUAAAAAAACAAACCCUAUUCUGACAUCAUUAUUGUAUGAACACCAUUAUUUUUGACUUUUAGUCAUUGCAUUGGUUUGUUUUGAGAAGCUGAUCAUGUCAGCAGACGCACUGUAUGUAACAUGUUAUUGGAGAAAUAUUUUUGGCACAAGCCUUCACUAAUUGUUAAAAAAAUGAGAGGAUGUCAUCUGUUCUGAUCACACAAAGAUUACUCUAAAAUGUUUCAUUCACUGAUUUUAUUUAUUUAAAAAGUUGAUUUUUGACUGCAAGGUGUUAGUUACUUCAGUGUAUAUAUUGUCAAAAGCUAAUCAGUGCAUUUUGGAAACAUUGGAUUUUUUUUUUUUUUUUAAGAAAAACGGCUAUUUUUGUUCAGUCAUGAGAUGACAAUUGUUUUGGAAAAUAUUCCAAUAAAGACGCUUUAAUUUUGAA